AUGAAGUGCUGUCUGUUGUGCAGUGAAAUGCAAAAAUUUUCCUGUAAAAAUAUUCUCGAUCGAAACAAUCUUUCGAAACAAUCGACUUUCUUUCGAGCAACGAUUUAUCGUAAAAUUCGAUUGCAGUUGUGUCUUGCGACGAUUGUCGUUUGCCAAGCAAGGAGAAUACCAAGAAUACCUCAACAUCCGUAUUUUCCUAAUUUCCAACACGUUUAUCAGCCACGAAAUUACCCGAACGAACUAGGGGAUCAGCAUAUCAUCGGAUCACCGCCUUUCUUUGGGAAUUACAGAACGCAAGAAGAGAAUACGGGCAGACAAGGAGGGAAGACGGGGAGAGAAGAAGGUGUGGGACAGGAUUAUUACGAUCAUCGAAUUCCGAUCGACGGUCAACCGAAUUUCGUUCAUCCUUUCGCAGGAGUCCCGUUCGACGAUAUCCCUGUGAACAAUGCUGACUUCGGAGGCCGAGAUAUCAACGCGCCCCAUCGAUACGAACGAUUCAACCAUGCGCUCAAUUACAAUCACCAAUUGUAAUAAAAUCCUUGUGUUUAAUUUGGAUUAAACGAAUAUAAUAGAAAUUGAAUCGCAAUCGACUCAUCGUAGAGCUAGCAAUCUCUUUAUUUCUCCUUCUUUUUACUUCUUUAUAAUUCAAUAUAUAUAUAAUAUAUAUUGAACGUUAUAUCGUUAUAAUAUAAGUUAAUAUAAUAAUCUGUGUAAAUAACGUUAUUAAGAAAGAAAACAACGACGUGAUAAUGAUUAACGCUAGGCUCCCCUUUCUCUUCGAAUCUCAUUUACACUUUUUAUUUACAAUGCUUUGUUUUUUUUUUCUUGGCUCACGGUGUUUUUUUCUUUUUUUUAUUUUCUUUUUCUUCUUUCUUUUUUUUUACGACUUUGGACCAUUCGAUGCGAGGCUACCGUUUCGAGACGGGAGAAAAAAAAGAACGAAUCCUCGAAACGGGUACCUCUUCUCGAUCUGCGGAUCGUUCCACGAUCGAGGCGAUCUCUAAUGGCGGCCGGUGUUUGCGCCAUAAUUGGCUUCCCAUAAUUCUGUUCGGCCGUAAAAAAAAGAAAAGAAAAA